UCAUUCGAUUUACAGACUGAUAAAGACAAACAAGGUGCGGAGCCAUCCCCGCGGCGUGCUGUCUUCUACAAGGUAGUGGGGUCCGUUGCGGCGGCGGUGCUAUAUCUGACACUCGCAAAGAAAUAUUCACUGUCAGUUCUAGAAGAAUUAAAUGACCCCACAUCUGAAGUUUCCCGAUCGUGGUCAGCGCUGUACCUACUGUGGUACGCGCACCUUUGCGUCCUAGUUGUGCGCUGCAAGUAUUACCACGCGUGGUUGCUCUCUGAAGCCAUUUGCAACAAUUCCGGAAUGGGUUUCAACGGCUACGACAAUGAUGGCGAACCCAAGUGGGACAAAAUGAGCAACAUAGAUGUGUUUGGAUUCGAGUUUGCGCAAAACUUCCGCAUGGGACUGGCCAGCUGGAACAAAAACACGAACGCGUGGCUUCGGAACGUAGCGUACGAGCGCGGCGGCGCGGCGUGGCGCACCGCGCGCGUCUACGCGCUGUCGGCCGUGUGGCACGGCUUCUACCCCGGCUACUACCUCACCUUCUUCGCGGGAGGCAUCUUCACAGUAGCGGCUAGAAAGGUUCAACCCUUUUUUAUUUUUAUUUUGUUUUACACCGUUAAUUAUGUAUCCAAUGCGAUGUUUUUCUGUGACAGACUAGGUAUUUUGUAUAAUUUUUGCGGACUGUUUAUCAUAUACUGUGAAAAUCUAUUUAUAUUUUGUCAUUUAUAUUUCUCAGUGAACACACCACUCCUCACCCGGCACGACACUAACACGUACAUACUAACACACACAUUAUUCAUAUCCAAACACAAUCAUGAACAAAAACAAACUCACACGUACACUCACUACCACCAACAAUUUCAAACUCACCCACACAUACACUUUCAACUUCCAACACAACUUAAACUUUACACGCAUCUACACUUUCACCUAUGCAAACAUGCUUUCCCGGAAUUACUACAUACAUUAUUACUUUCACAUAAUGCUUUUCAAGUUACACCAUCAUUGCCUCAAUCUUUUAGUAAUGAGUGA